CUCAACGCUCCGGCGGAGUUGGCGGCGGCGGUGCAUUGUGGGCGUGCAGCCGAGCCGCCGCGGGCUGGGAGCGGCGAGGGGGUCCCGGGCUGGGGGCCGACCAGGGAUGUCUACGGAGCCUCCCUGCUUGAUGCUACAAUGUGGGACCAGAAAUGCCCCAUGAUCGGCCAACGGGAUCUGGCCACGUCCCUCGGUGGCCUGUUGCUAUCCCUCCUGGUUAUGCUGAUGCUUCUGCUGCCCAUGCACCCAGCUGCCCAUCCUGCCUACCCAUCCUUCCGGUUCCCCAACACCACCUUCAAUCAUCUGACCCGAGCCCGAGAUACGGGGACGCUGUACGUGGGAGCGGUCAAUGCCUUAUUCCAAUUGAGUCCCGAGCUCAGGUUGCUGGAGCUUGUUGUGACCGGCCCAGCCAACGACAGCUCUGAGUGCCUUCCUUUCCGGGACCCCCACGAUUGCCCCCAGGCGCAACCCACAGACAACUCCAACAAGCUGCUGCUACCCAAUGAACAUGCUGGGGAAUUGGUGGUCUGCGGGCAGCUCUUCCAGGGGGUGUGUGAGAAGAGAGCCCUGGGAAACAUUUCCAAAGUGCUGUACCGUCCCGAAGACCCCGGUGACAACCAGUUUGUGGCAGCCAAUGAGCCACGGGUCUCCACUGUAGGUUUGGUGGGCCAGCAUGCCGGCCGAGACCUCCUCUUUGUGGGGCGUGGGCUGACUGCCAAGCUCUCUGGGGGGAUCCCGCCAUUCACCAUCCGGCAGCUGGAAGGACCCCAGGCGUUCUCCAACGAGGGAAUGGGCAAACUGGUGGUGGGGGACUUCUCAGACUACAACAAUACCUACGCGGGCGCCUUUGCUUCUGGGGACUACGUCUACUUCCUGUUCUCCCGGCGGGGGGCGAAGGCACAGAUGGAGUAUCGUGCUUACCUGUCUCGGAACUGCAUGGAGGAUACCAACCUCUACUCCUACGUGGAGCUUCCCUUGGAGUGCCGGGAUGCUGAAGGGCGCGUUUACAACCUGGCUCGGGCGGUGCAUUUGGCCUCUGGGUUCCCAGGCGAAGGGGCCACGCUGUUUGUUGUCCUGGCGGCCGGGCAAGGCUCUACCGCAUCCCCCACAGCCCAAACAGCUCUGUGCGCAUACAGCUUAAGCGAGGUCAACGCCGCCAUGGAGCAGACGCGGCGCCUGUGCUACACCUCGGGAGGAAAGGGCCCCACUGGGAAGGAGGAGGCGGCUAUCGAGUAUGGUGUGAAUUCCAAUUGCAACUCGCUAUCCAAGGAGUCUCCCGAGAGUUACCCCUGUGGUGAUGAGCACACUCCUAGCCCCAUUGCCAGCCGGGUUCCCUUGGUGGCCGAAGCCCUUCUGACCACCGUACCGAGGCUGACAGCUGUGGCAGCCAUGGUAGAAGCAGGCCAUACCAUCGCCUUUCUUGGGGACGGCAUUGGGCGGUUGCAUAAGGAGCAGCAGUGGCGUGGAAAGGGGGAGGGAGUGAUCCUGUGGGAUGGUUGCAUUUCACUAGGUUUGUGUUUUGAGGCCCCUCGAAGGACUUUGGCCCUGCUGUUUGGGCAGCAGAACCCAAGAAUCCUAGAGGCCUACUUCUUUUUGCUCAUUGAACUGCUAGGUUUGAAACUUGGAAUGAGUUCGUUCCUCAUCUUCUUUCCCUGUUACCUGGGAGGAUUCACAGGGAUGUCUUGUGCAACAGUCCCUAUCCUGAAACACCGUUUGCAGAGGAAUGUGGCAUCGCUGGCAUGGAAGCCUCUGUGUGCUUUCAUCCUUGCAGUGGCGUGCCACAGCUGUGUCCUGCUUUGGCAUCUGGACCCCACUUCCCUCUCUACCAGGCCAUCAUCUGGUUGCGCCCACGUGCUCAGCCACCCCGGGCACUGCCCUGUUACCAGUCUGGCAUGGGCACCCAGUGGAGGGUUGCUUCUGUCAGCAUCGCCCAUCGACACUGCAAUGCUGGUGUGGGAUGUAGCCACAGAAAGCUGUGUCCAGCUGCAGUGGUUUGGAGGAGGUGGGGUCACAUACCUUGCUUGGUCAACUGAUGGCAGCAAAGUGCUAGCUGCCACACCUUCAGCCGUCUUCAGAGUCUGGGAAGUUCAGAUGUGGACUUGUGAGAAGUGGCCAACAAUCAGGGGUCCCUGCAGGACCGGGUGCUGGAGUCCGGAUGGCAGCCGCUUGCUCUUCACAGUCCAGGGGGAAUCGUUGAUUUAUUCCUUGUCUUUCUUGGAGUACAGUGGUGAGCACCAAGGGCGGGUUGGUGGAUCCAAGACGGCUUCCAUCGUGGCUGAUUUGUCAGAAACCACCAUUGAGACUCUGUAUGGGCCAGAGAGGAUUGGAGGGGAGGUGCAUUCCAUGGUCUGGGAUCCAAGCGGAGAAAGGCUUGCAGCUGUGAUCACAGGCUCUUCCAACUGCAGGACCGUCAUUGCAGUGUUUCGAACCCGCAACAGCCCCGUGUUUGAGCUCUUGCCAUGUGGUUUCUUGCAGCGUGAAGUCGGUGCACAGCCCCAGCUGAUUGCCUUCCAUCCUUGCUUUAAGAAAGGAGCCGUUCUGACAGUGUGCUGGUCAACCGGAAAGGUCAGCCAUAUCCCCUUUUUCUUCGGCAGCAGUCCAUUUCCCUCUUUCAGUUCUCUGCAAAGUCCCCUCGUGCCUUUGGGCAGUCGAAGCAGCACCCGGGAGCAGCCAUUGUUUUCGGAACUCUGACCUCCGGCAAACCGGCCUAGUGCUUUUCACCAUUCAAGCCUCUCUCUCUCUCUCUCUCUCUAAGAAGGUCUGUGUGGCAGGAUGGUUUUUCAUCAGAAACCUGACUUACUCUCAGUCUGACUUUGGGAGCGCAUAUUCCUUCCUUCCACUUGCCUUAGAUGGUUUGGCAUGUAGCACAACCAGGAUAUCAAAAGUUUCCGUCACUUGAAUGACAACUGCCCAUUUGGGAUGAAAAAUUUUGUAACUGACCCUGAGACAGGAACUAAAAGUUUUAAAAGGAGGACUGUUGUCCGUCUGCUUGUAAAAAUCCUGGUUCUUAGCAAAUGCAGAGGCAGUUCAGCACUUCCAACUCAAACCUGUUCAGGACUUUGAUAAUCAGGAUUCGUAAGUUAUCAUUCUGGAGGAAAAAAUAAACGGGAGUCUUGUGGCA